AAGUCUCGUACGAUUUUCCAAUUCUCGUAGGUUUAAAUUCUUCAACAUGGCGGCUUUCAAUGUCUCAGGCAAACGGCGUUCGAAGAAGCAUAGACCUGCUGAAAUUGUUGAAGUUGAAGAUACGCGGAAUGACAAUGUGGAGAUUAUUCCCGGUUUUCCAGACGCUGACUCGUUUGUUAAGUUUGCACUUGGGACAGCUGUUAGCAAUACUAAAGCUUCAGUUGGCCUGCCACAGAGUGGAGAUGAAUAUGACUUUUACCGCAGCUUUCCUGGGUUCCGGACAUACUGUGAAGCACAGGGAGACAGAUUGCUGUACUGCAUGAAUACACUGAUGCAGUAUCAUGGAUGUCGGAGUCUAAUCAAAGAUCCCAGCAAGGUGACAGAAGUGGAAGACAAGUUUGACAUGCUAGUUGAUGCAAAUGACAUUAUCCUUGAAAGAGUGAGCAAUUUGAUAGAUGAAGCCACUGGUGUACUUAAAGUCCAGGAACCCAUUCUUCCCUCUGGUUUGCAAGCUCCAAAGACAAUUGUUUCCAGCUGGAAUCGUAAGCUGAAACACAGAACAUGA